AUGAAGAUCCUCCUAAUUAUACCUGUCCUGUUUGUUUGGACAAAAACAAUGGCAUUUCAGAGCCCAGAACCAGGCCCUGAGUAUGCAGACGUCGUGUUUCUGGUGGACAGCUCUGACCACCUGGGAGUUAAGUCUUUCCCUUUUGUGAGAACCUUCAUCAGCAAAGUGAUCAACAGCCUCCCCAUCGAGCCCAGCAAGCACCGCGUGGCGCUGGCCCAGUACAGCGACUCGCUCCACAGCGAGUUCCAGCUGAGCACCUUCAAGAGCAGGAACCCCAUGCUCAACCACCUCAAGAAGAACUUCAAUUUCCUGGGGGGCUCCCUGCGCAUCGGGAACGCUCUCCGGGAGGCGCACAGGACCUAUUUCUCCAGACCCACAAACGGCAGAGACAAGAAGCAGUUUCCCCCCAUCCUGGUGGUCCUGGCUUCGGCUGAGUCUGAGGAUGACGUGGACGAGGCUGCCAGGGCCCUGCGGGAGGACGGAGUGAGGAUCGUCUCUGUGGGAUUGCAGAGGGCAUCUGAGGACAGCCUGAGGGCCAUGGCCACGCCUGGGUUCCACUUCAGUCUUCGGACAGUCAGAGACCUCGGCACCUUCUCCCAGAACAUGAUGCAGAUCAUCAGGGAUGCGACUCAGUACAGGGAGAGGGCGCCCGAGGUGGAUCUGCAAGUUCCCGUCCCCGAGACUUGUCAGAAGGAUUCACUUGCUGACCUAAUGUUCGUGGUGGAUGAGUCAGUUGGGAGUGAGCGCAACUUGAGGGACUUACAGAGCUUCCUGAGGAACGUCACCUCCGCGCUGGAUGUCAGGGACAACUGUGUGCGGCUUGGACUUAUGAGUUAUGGCGAGACGGCCAAGACCAUUUUUUUUCUGAAUUCAAGCAAAACCCAGUCAGAAUUUCAGCAGCACAUCCGGAAGCUUUCUCUCCGCACUGGGGAGUCCAAGGUCGGGGCGGCCCUGGAUCAGCUGAGGCGAGAGGGCUUCUCGGCGCAGGGCGGCAGCAGGCGGGCGCAGGGCGUGCCCCAGGUGGCGGUGCUCCUCACAGCCCAGCCCUCCGCCGACCAGGCCCGCGAGGCCGCCCUGAGCCUCCGGCUGGAUGGCACCACAGUGUUCGCCAUAAGCAUCGAAGGUGCCAACAUCAGCCAGCUGGAGGAGAUCGCUUCUUACCCUCCAGAACAGACGAUCUCCAAGCUGAAAUCCUAUGCGGAUUUGACACGUUACAGCAACAAGUUCCUGAAAAAGUUCCAGAAUGAAGUGUGGUCCCAAAUUUCUACACGUGCUGAAAGAAUGGAUCUUGAUAAAACAGGUUGUGUGGAUACAAAAGAGGCUGACAUCUAUUUCCUCAUUGAUGGUUCAUCGAGCAUCCAGAGACGAGACUUUGAUCAAAUCAAAGAGUUCAUGUCAGCGGUGGUAGAGAUGUUCUACAUUGGUCCAGACAAAAUCCAGGUUGGAGUUGUGCAGUAUUCCAGCAGUGUGCAAGUGGAGUUCGCUAGCAAUGACUACUUUAAUGCUGUGGACUUAAAAAAGGCUAUUUUUAAUAUCAGGCAACUGCAAGGCAAGACUUUCAUUGGAAAGGCCCUGCAUGUCAUGCUGUCAAAAAUUCAGGAGGGAAGGAAGCACAGGUCUAGCCAGGUCCCCUGUUACCUCAUUGUGCUGACUGAUGGGAAAUCCGACGACAGAGUCCUGGAACCUGCGGAGAGACUGAGGGCGGAACACGUCACCGUUUAUGCAGUGGGCAUCGGGAACGCCCUUGUAGCACAACUGGAACAAAUUGCUGGGAAAGAAGAAAGGGUUUUCUUUGGGAACAACUUUGAUGCAUUAAAGAACAUAAAAAGAGAUGUCAUUUAUGGCAUCUGCACUGAAAAAGGAUGUGAAGACAUGCAGCCUGACAUCAUGUUUCUGGUGGACAGCUCUGGCAGUAUAGGAGAUAACAAUUUUAACAAAAUGAAAAACUUUAUGAAGAACCUGGUCGCUAAGCUUCAGAUUGGUGCAGACAAAACCCGGAUUGGUGUUGUUCAGUUCAGUGGGGAUACUAAGGAAGAGUUCCAGCUUGACAAGUACUUCACACAGCAAGAAAUUUUGAACGCUAUAGACCGUAUGUCCCUCAUAGGCUACAACACUUUGACUGGAAAUGCGCUGAACUUUAUGCCACAAUACUUCACCCCCUCCAAGGGGGCCCGUUUUGAUGUCAGAAAGUUUCUCAUCCUCAUCACAGAUGGAGAGGCACAGGAUGAUGUGAGCAUUCCAGCUAAGGCUCUCCGGGGUACAGGGGUGGUCAUCUUCUCGGUGGGGGUAUAUGGUGCCAACAGGACCCAGCUAGAGGAGAUCAGUGGGGACAGCAACCAGGUCUUCCAAGUUGAGAACUUCGAUCAUCUAAAGGCACUUGAAAGUAAACUCAUCUUUCACCUGUGUGCUAUCCAUGAUUGUAAAAGAAUCGAACUGCUAGAUGUCGUGUUUGUGCUGGACCAUUCUGGCAGCAUAAACACAGAACAGCAAAAAAGCAUGAUUGACCUAGCUGUCCGUCUUGUGAAUAAAACGCACGUUGGCAGUGACCAAGUGCAGUUUGGAGCUCUCAUAUACUCCGACCACCCUGAGGUUCUUUUCUACCUGAACACAUACUCAAGCAAGCCAGCAAUCCGCGAGGAACUGAGGAGGCCCAGGAACACCAAAGGGAGCACCUAUACCGCCGAGGCUCUUGAGCGCUCAAACAGCCUAUUCACGGAGGAGCGCGGCAGCCGCAUCAAGAAAAACGUGAAGCAGAUGCUGAUCGUCAUCACCGACGGGGUGUCCCACGACCGAGUUAAGCUUCCUGAGGCAGCCUCGAAGUUAAGAGAUAAAGGCAUCAUCAUCUAUGCGGUGGGUGUCGGAGAGGCCAACCAAGAUGAACUUGAGAUUAUAGCCGGGAAUAAAAUCAAUGCCAUCCACGUGGAUAAUUUUGACAAACUGAAGGAGGUCUACCACCCGCUGCAAGAAAGCAUGUGUAUCAACACGCUGGAAGCGUGUAACGUUCAAGAAGCGGAUGUGAUCUUCCUCUGUGACAGCUCCAGCCGCGUAUCUGAUUCAGAGUUUGUUACCAUGACGACUUUCUUGUCAGACUUAAUUGAUAAUUUUGACCCUCAGUCUGAAAAAAUAAAACUUGGAAUAGCUCAGUUCGGGACCACCUACAAGGAGUUGGUUUCGCUGAGUGACCGUCUGACCAAAAGCCAGUGGAAACAUCGAGUUCAAGCUAUUAGCAAGACCAAAGAGCCUCCUCGAGUUGACUUGGCCCUUAGAAAAGUGGGGCUCAUGUUCAAUUCUACGGUUGGUGGGAGGGGGAAAGCUGGCGUUCCCCAGACCCUGGUGGUUAUCCUGUCAGGGCCCCCCACGGAAAAUGUGAGAGAGGCAGUGGGUCACCUCAAAAGCCUUGGAAUUUGCAUCCUGGCCUGGGGCAUUGGAGAUGUUCAAAAGCAGCAGCUUUUGCCACUAACAGAAAAUUCUGGCAAAAUAGCCACAUUUCAAGACUUUAAUAAGCUAAAAGAGGUAGAUGUCAGAAAAAGAAUGGUCCGUGAAGUCUGCCAGAGCUGUGGGAAAACGAACUGCUUUGUGGACAUAGUGGUCGGAUUCGACAUUUCCACUCACCUGCGGGGGCAGUCGCUGUUCCACGGCCACUCCCUGCUGAAGUCUUACCUCCCGGGCCUCCUGGAGGACAUCACCUCCAUCAGGGGCGUGAGUUGUGGGGCGGGCACAGGGACGCAGGUGAGCGUGGCCUUUAAGGUGAACAGCGAAGAGAACCUCCCUGCCGAGUUCCAUAUCUACCAGAAAGCCAUGUUUGAUCGAAUGCUGCAGUCACUCACCGUCCUCGGGCCGACCCACCUGAAUGCUGAGUUCCUGCAGUGGCUCUGGGACACGUUCGAGAGACUUGAUGGUCUGCUGGUGGUAUCCCUAGAUUCAGCUGCUGAUGGUCAGUUUUCCAGCUUCGAGUUUGGAAAGGGAUUUGAUUACAGAACUCACUUGACGAUUAGAACGAGAGCGCUGGGUGGCCUCCUUGCACGGUAUCUGGGAAAUGUCGCAGAAAGGACUUGCUGCUGUACAUUCUGCAAGUGCACAGGGCCUCCGGGGCCUCCUGGGGCUCCAGGCGCCUCAAACGUGAAGGGCGCUCCAGGUUUAAAGGGCGGCAGAGGACACAGGGGAGAGGUUGGAGACCCUGGAACAAGAGGAGAAAGGGGAUUCCCAGGAGAAAAGGGGACUGAAGGAUGUCCAGGGGCACGGGGUCAAAAGGGAGCCCAAGGACUUUCUGGACAUAAGGGAGAACAAGGAGAGCAUGGGAUUGAUGGGCUCACUGGGGAAGAGGGUGUUCAUGGAUUUCCUGGAAAAAAGGGAGAAAAAGGUGAACCAGGAUCUCAGGGCAGCCCGGGUAUCAGAGGUUCCCCUGGGGAAUAUGGAGAGACGGGCUUCUCAGGGGAUCAUGGGACUCCAGGAAGAAACAGUAACAUCAAAGGACAAAGGGGACUCAAAGGAGGACAAGGAAGACAAGGUAGAACCGGACAAAAGGGGGCAAACGGCAGCCCUAGUUCCAGAGGAAGCAGAGGAAGAGAAGGUCCAAGGGGAGCCCGGGGGCCUUCAGGGGAACCAGGACCUCCCGGACCCAAAGGUGAAAUGGGACCCGAAGGCUUACAAGGCCCACAGGGGUCAUGGGGCCUCCCUGGCAGGAAAGGGGAGAAAGGAAGUCUCGGGCCUAAAGGACCUCAGGGUUCUCCUGGGUACCUGGGAGCCAAAGGGAACGAUGGAAGACCUGGGCCUCCAGGGAGAAAAGGAGAACACGGAUUUUCUGGAGCUCAAGGACCAGUGGGGCAAGCAGGUCAGCGAGGAAAGCAGGGUAAUGUUGGUGAUCCUGGAAUUCCUGGAAGUCCUGGACCCAAAGGACUUAAAGGACUAUCAGGUUAUGGAGGCUUGAAAGGUGAAGAGGGAUCUAAUGGACCCCCAGGACCCCCUGGUCGGAGAGGCGCUAAAGGAAUGCCAGGAGUGCCCACAUAUGCUCAGUGUGAUCUGAUCCAGUUUGUGCGGGACCACAGUCCUUGUUGGAAAAAAAAAUGUCCACUGUACCCAACAGAGCUGGUAUUUGCCCUGGACCAGUCAUAUGACAGCACAGAACAAAGAUUUAAUGCAAUGGUGGGCAUCAUCAGAUCCAUCAUCAAUGACCUUAGCAUCAUGGAACAUAACUGCCUCAUGGGAGCAAGAGUUGCUGUGACUGCCUAUGACUCACAUGUCUGGCAUCUCAUCCGUUGGUUUGACUACCGUAACAAGAAGCAGCUCCUUCAGCUCCUGUCCCAGAUAAAAUAUCAACCCCCCAUGGCAGCCCAAGAUAUUGGUAAUGCAAUGAGGUUUGUGGCCCGGAACAGCUUCAAGCGUAACUUUGCAGGGCCCAACGUGAGGAAAGUGGCUGUGUUUUUUAGCACUGGCCAAGCGGCCAGUCUGCAGUCCAUCAUCACAGCCACCAUGGAGUUCAGCGCCUGGGACAUCAGCCCGGCCGUCAUUACUUUUGAUAGAAAGGUUUUCCUUGAGGAGGCUUUUGAGUUUGACACCACUGGAACAUUUCAGGUCAUUUCCAUUCCUCCAGGUGGGGAAUAUGAACCAACAGAAAGACUUUGGCGCUGUACACUUUGCUAUGAUAAAUGUUUUCCAAAUGUCUGUACCAAAGAGAUUGAUUUACCAGAAGAUUCAUACAUGGAUGUAGCCUUCUUCUUAGAAAAUUCUCAGUAUAUAUUAAAUGAUGAGUAUCAGGCUGUGAAAGCUUUGGUGAGCUCAAUGCUUGACAACUUCAACAUCGCUACAGCCCCUUUCACCUCAGACGGUGAUAGAAUUGCUUUGUUGAGCUAUUCUCCUUGGGAUAGUUACAGUAGAAGCAAGGGUGCAGUAAGAACAGAGUUUGACUUUACAACUUAUAACAGCGCAUUCCUAAUAAAGAACCACAUUCAGACUCACCUCCAACAGCUAAGUGGAGAAGCUACCUUUGGCCAUUCCCUAUCAUGGACCAUAGAGAAUCUCUUCCCAAGAACACUCAACCUGAGAAGACACAAAGUCAUUUUUGUGGUGUCAGCUGGAGAAAAUUAUGAGAAAAGAUCCUUUUUACAGGAGAUUGCUUUGAAGGCCAAAUGUAAAGGCUUUGUCAUAGUUGUGAUUUCCCUGGGCUUAGCACAUAAGGACCACCUGGAGGAGUUAGCCAGUGACCCAGAAGAUCACCAUCUGAUACGGCUUGGGAGAAUUCAUAAACCUGAUCUGGAUUAUGUUGUGAAGGCUUUAAAACCUCUUGUAUACUCAAUCAGACGAGGAUUCAAUCAGUACCCACCACAAAGGCUUGAGAAUGACUGUAUACUCAAGCGUCUACAAGGAGAGGAUUAUCUUUGGUGAGUUAGACAACUUACUCCCGAGCCUCAUGAGAUUGCUGUGGGAGACCAUAGCUUCAUUGGCCAGAAAUUAAGUGCUGAAAGAGACUCGCCUUUGGUGUUAGAGGACAAUAGAAGUGACCGCUUGGUUUACAUUCCAAACCAUAUGGUAAUGCUGCAAGAAUUAAUGAUUAAAUAUGAAAAAGUUCAAGAUUCUUAAGAAAUUGCAAGUCUCACGUCUGUGAAGACAAUGAGGAUGAUGGUGUUCGUGGUUGCAGAUGAUGGUGGUGGUGAUGUCACUGAUGGUGGAGGUGGAGGGAAUAAUCAGAUUAAUACCUCUGGGACCACUGAUUUGAUCCAGAAGUUACACUUGCUCUUUUCAGCUAGGCAACCAAGAUGA